AUGAUCGUAACAGGUGAUGAUCCUGACGAAAGAAAAGCAUUGCAAGAGUACUUAUCUAAGGAGUUUGAGAUGAAAGAUCUUGGUACACUUAAGUAUUUUCUUGGGAUAGAAGUAUCUAGAUCACAGCAAGGGAUGCUGGGGUGUAAACCAGUUAAUACGCCUAUAAAGGAAAAUCACAAGCUUGGUGAGUGUACUGAUCAUAAACCAACUAACAAGGAGCAAUACCAGCGCCUAGUUGGGAGAUCAAGUGCGGAGGCAAAAUAUAGAGGUAUGGCACAUGGUGUUUGUGAGUUGUUAUGGAUUAAACAUGUUCUAACGAAGUUAGGUUUUAAGCCUAAAAAACCCAUGAAAUUAUAUUGCGAUAAUAUUGCGGCCAUUAAUAUUGCUCAUAAUCCAGUUCAACAUGAUCGAACGAAACAUGUUGAAGUGGAUAGGCAUUUCAUCAAAGAAAGAUUAGAAGACAAGACGCUUCAGUUCCCGUUUGUAAAGUCAGAAGAUCAGUUGGCAGAUAUCUUAACGAAAGCAGUUUCAAGCCAAGUAUUUCAGGACACGCUGAGCAAGUUGGACCUUGGUGACAUUUAUGCUCCAACUUGA